CGACCGGGGCCUGUGGCAACGCCCUGCCCCCCGGCAGCACAAUAAUGAAGUAGGCCAGAGCUGGACAGUUGUAACCAAAGCGGGGAUCAGGAAUUGCUGGUUCCAGGAGCCGCAGAGCUGCCUCUCCGCCUAACUCUUUCUCUGCGUCUUGUGGUUCUUAACGAUAAAUGAUACAUAAGGGGUGGGUGGAGCUGGGGCCCUGCUCCCGCGGGGUGGCUCUGCCUGUCUCUGGGGGCCUGGUGUGUAAAAUGUUCAGCACGGUGAACACUUUGCUGUUAUCAUUGGGUUAGAGCUGGGGCUGGGGGGCGGGGGUCUUUCCCAGGACGCGGGAUGAGGCUGGGGGCCAGGACCUGGCAGCCCCCAAAGGGGCUCAAAGUGGAGUCGUGAGGGGUCAAGCCGAGGCUCCUCCGCCUCAGGAAUUAGUUGAUAGCCUUUUGGACCCCAGCCCUGCAGCGAGCGACAGCCCAGGCAACCAAUCAGGUGCGGGGACGGCUUCGGGCAGGGCUCCCAUUGGCCCGCUCCGCCCCUCCAGGGACAGAAGGGACCCUUAAAUAAGUGCCUGCUGUUCGGCUCCAAGCAGAGCUUCCAGCGACCCUGCGCCAUGAGCUAGAGGAACGAGGUUCAGGGAGGGCCAGGGGUUGCCCGCGGCCACACAGCGCGUCUCAGCCGGACCCUCCGUCGUGUGCUCUGUGCAUUCCCACCAUGGCCUCCUGGACACAGCUAAUGCUGCUGCUUUGGAAAAAUGUCCUGUAUCGCAGGAGACAGCCGAUCCAGCUCUUGGUGGAGUUGCCGGGGCCUCUGUUUCUCUUCUUCAUCCGGUGCCACUCCCACCCCCGACCGGAGCAACAUGAGUGCCACUUCCCCAACAAGCCGCUGCCCCCGGCCGGCACCCUACGGCUCCAGGGUCUCAUCUGCAGCACGAACGACACCUGCUUCCCGCAAUCCGCGCCCGCCGAGCCGCCAGGUGUCCUCGGCAACUUCAAGGACACCCUCGUCCUCUGGCUCCUGGCAGGUGCCCACACCAUCCUUGGGGGUGGGGGAAGAGCCCACAGGAUGCUGGCCAGCCUGGGAAAGCUAAUGCCAAUGCUGAGAGCGGCGGGCGGGGCAGCCCGGCCUCAGCCAAGCGACCGGCUGUGGGACCGCCUGCCCCUGACCACUGAGCUACGGGGGACACUGCUUCGAGAGAUGAGAUGGGCUCCCACCGUGGCCUUCUGGGCUUCCCCAUCCUGGCCAGGGGCCUCUGGUUCCGGCUUCCAGGCCUUUUCCUGGGCUGUCCCUGGCUCCUGGAGGGACGAGGGACGGGUGCCCAGAGGGGCUGUGUCCAGCAUGGCGCAAUCCCUGGGGUCUGGGCUGGACCAAACCCGGGAGUCCGUGAGGAGCUUCCUGGAGGCAGCAGAGAACGUGGCCCAGGAGCUCCUGGCACUGCCCGGCCUGGUGGAGCUGUGGGCGCUGCUGCGGAGACCUCAAGGGACUAGCCGGCCCCUGGAGGCCGUGUCGGAAGUCCUCUGCGGUGCCAAGGGCCCUGGCAUCCCAGGGGGGCCCUCCCUCGACUGGUAUGAGGCCACCCACCUGAAGGAGUUGGUGGGGCAGGAGCCCAUCCCGGGCCUGCCCGACAGCAGCCUGAGCCCUGCCUGUGCUGAGCUGAUGGGGUCGCUGGAAACCCACCCACUGCCCCUCCUGCUCUGGAGGCGCCUGAAGCUGCUAGUCCUGGGGAAAGGCUUCACCAGGCGGCUCACGGCCCAGGGGAACCGGACCUUCUAGAAGCUGGCUCUGCUGAAGGGCCUCCAGGAGGUGUGGGGUGUGCUGGGACCCCAGCUCUUCAACUACUUGAACCACAGUACAAACGCGGCCAUGUGGCAGGAUGUGGGGGCGAGUGUGCAGGCGGCUUGUGGAAUCCAGGGGAGCUCAGGGAGGGGGGACCCAACUUGGAGCAGUGCCCCAUUCCAAGGAAAGCCUGAGGAGGGCCACAGCUUGGCCCUGCAGAAAUCUGAUGGCCGAGCUGGGCCGCGCCCUGGGGUCCCCGAGGAAGAAGCGCCGCCUGGCCCUGAGGUUCAGGGGAGGAUCCGGGCACCCAGGACCCACACCCAGGCCCUUCCUCAGUGUGUGACCCUGGACAAGCUGGAGGCGGCACCCUCAGAGGCAGCCCUGAUGGCGCGGGCCCUGGAGUUGCUCGCGGAGCACCACUUCUGGGCCGGCAUCGUCUUCUGGGGCCCGAGGGCUUUGGACCCCGCACAGCUCGCGGGCCCUGGUCACCUGCGCAUCAAGGUCCGCAGGGAUAUCGACGCCUUCGCGAGAACCAAGAAGAUCAGGAACAGGUUCUGGGACCCGGGCCCGGCUGCUGACCCCUUGACAGACCUGCGCUAUGUGUGGUGUGUCAGCCGCACCGAGGCCCGUGCAGGCCUCUACCCGCAGCAGACGCCCUCCCCGUGCUACGCGGAUGACGUGGUCCUGCGUGUACAGAGCCAGUCGCUGCCGCUUUUCCUGACCUGGAUCCACUCCGUGGCGCCGGCGGUGAAGGCUGUGGAGCGAGGGAAGGAAAGGAGGCUGCGCUACGCGAUGCAGGCCCUGGGACUCGGCAGCGCGGUGCUGUGGCUCGGCUGGUUCCUCAGCUGCCACUCGCCCUUCCUCGGCAGCACGGCGCUGCUCGUGCUGGUGCCCAAGCUCGGGGACAUCCUCCCCCAUAGCCACCCGGCCGUGGUCUUGUUCUUGGCGGCUUUCGCCGUGGCCACCGUGGUCCAGAGCUUCCUUCUGAGCGCCCGCUUCCCCCGCGCCAACCUGGUGGCUGCGUACGGAGGCCUGGCCUACUUCGUGCUCUGUCCGCCCUACGUGCUGUGGGUGGCCUGGCGAGACCGGCUGCCUGCGGGUGGUCGUCCCCACCGCAGUCUUCUGUCGCCUGUGGCCUCUGGGUUUGGCUGCAAGAGCCUGGCGCUGCCGAAGGAGCAGGGUGAAGGCGCCCCGUGGCACAGGGCGGGCACCGGGCCCGCCCCUGGCGUCUUCAGCCCGGCCCAGGUCUCUGGCAUCCUGCUGCUCGACGCUGUGCUCUAUGGCCUCGCCACUUGGUACCUGGAGGCCGUCCCCCCGGGCCAGUAUGGGAUCCCCAAGCCGUGGAACUUUCCCUUUCGGAGGAGCUAUUGGUUUGGACCUCGUUCUCCCAAGGGCUCCACCCCGCCUCCCACCCUGAAGGACCCAGAGGUGCCGACGGAAGAGGUCCCACCCGUGGAUUCCGGGGUCUCCGUACGGGGCCUGGAGAAACGCUUUCCUGGCAACCCCCAGCCAGCCCUGCGUGGGCUCAGCCUGGACUUCUGCCAGGGCCAGAUCACCGCCCUGCUGGGCCACAACGGAGACGGCAAGGCCACCAUGCUGUCCCUACUGUGUGGCCUCUUUCCACCCACUGGUGGCUCUGCCCGCAUCCUGGGCCACGAUGUCCAGUCCAGAACGGAAGCCGUCCGGCCCCACCUGGGCGUCUGCCCGCAAUACAACGUGCUGUCUGACGUGCUGACCUUGGAGGAGCACAUCUGGCGGUCAAAGGGCCUGAGUGCAGGAGCCGUGAGCCCCGAGGAGGCCCGUCUACUGCAGGAUGUGGGGCUUGUCCCCACGCGUCGUGCGCAGACCAGCUGCCUCUCUGGUGGGACGCAGCAGCAGCUUUCAGUGGCCAUCACCUUUGUGGGAGGCUCCCGGGUUGUCAUUCUGGAUGAACCCACGGCUGGUGUCGACCCUGCUUCCCGCUGCAGCAUCUGGGAGCUGCUGCUCAAAUACCGAAAAGGUAGGAGUUGGGGGAGGCACGAGGAUCCCCUAGAUUGUGAUUCAGCGGCCAGAAGACGUCCCGCCCAGCUGCUGUCGCUCGUGCGGUGCCUGGUGCCCGGGGCGCGGCUGGUAAAGGAGCUGCCCUACGGUCUCCCCCAGCAGCACACCCUGGGGAGGAGGCAGGCGCACGCAGAGGGCCCCACGGCGUCUUGGGCGCGGGCGACUCCUAGACCCUCGGCUGAACGGCGACCCUCAAACCCGAACGCACCCCUGAUGGCCCCACAGAUCACCAGCCACCAGCGGCACUUGGGCGCGGGCCUCGCUCCCCCAGACGUGACCUCACGGCUCAAGGUUCUGCCGGAAGAGUCGGCCCUGGAGAACGCGGAGCCCGCGACGGCUGCCCCGGAAACACGGGUCCUGCAGGGCUUCGGGCCAGACCCCGCGGGCCGGGGACAGGGCUGGGCGCUGACCCGCCGGCGGCUCCGGGCCCUGCUUCUCAAGCGCUUUCUGCUUGCCUGCCGCGGCCGCCGUGGCCCGUUUACGCAGGUGAGGGGGAGCGGGCGCCAGAGGAGGGUGCGCGGGCAGCCCCGGGUGCCUGUUUUCUACUCCCGUCACCCACUCAGCGGUGAACCCGAGAAGUCUCCCCCAGUGAGCACCUUUCCUGAGAGCACCGGGGAGCCACGGAUGAUUGUAGAGCAGGAACAGGGAGGGUCCCGGGCAGCCCGGGGGGUGCGCAGGGAGGGCAGCGGCUCUCCGGGGAGAUGGUGCCUGUCCUCUUUGGGGGCCUGGUGCCCGUGCUCAGUCUCCUCGCGCCUCCUGACGGCCGGAACCUGUCCCGACUUCCUGGUCCAGACCCACCCCCGCCUGGUGCGCCAGGGGCCAGCCGCCACCUGCUCGCGUUCAGUUUGCCCAGAGGAGGGGGCCGGCGCUCCGAGCGGCGCUCCGUGCCCCCGCACCCCCCCGCCCCUGCAUCUCCCGCAGCCUGAAGACCAAGAAGUGGGUGAACGAGGUCAGGUGAGGAGGGCCGUUCCCGCGCCCGCUGCCCACCCGCUAGGAGGCUUUCCUGCCCCGCCCUCCCUGAGCCCACUGCCCCGCAGGUAUGGGCGCUUCUCCCUGGGGGGCCGAGACCCAGGCCUGCCGUCAGGGCAAGAGGGGAGCCACUCAGUGUGGGGGCUGCCGGUGCUGCCGAAGCCCCGACCCGGCGGGGCCCUCGACCGUGUCCUGAGCAACCCCACAGCCUGGGCUCACGGCCCGGACACCGAGGACAGCCUCAAGGGCCGGCACGCCGUGGUGGCCUUCAUCGGCAGGGCCAACAACGCGCUCCUACGUGCCCACCUGCCCCCAGGCCCUGCCCGCCACGCCCACAGCAUCACCACGCUCAGCCACCCCCUGAACCUCACCAAGGAGCAGCUGUCCGCGGCUGCGACGGCCGCCUCGGUGGACGUGCCUGUCUCCAUCUGCGCGGUCUUCACCGUGUCUUUCGUCCCAGCCAGCGUCACCCUUGUUCUCCGACGAGCCGGGCCUCUGCAGUUUAUGGGGGGCCCUCCUCCCACUCUUCACUGGCUCAGCAACUUUCUCUGGGACGUGUGGAACUACCUGGUGCCAGCGUGCGUGGCGGCGCUCACCUUUCUGGCUUUCCAGCAGAGGGCGUACGUGGCUCCCGCCAACCCGCCUGCCCUCCUGCCGCUGUUACUGCUCUGCGGGUGAGGCCUCCGCCUCCCUCGGAGCCCAUUCUUUCGUGUGCCCGGCACGGCCUGUGUGGUGCUCACCUGUGUCAACCUCUUCGUCGGCAUCGACGGCGGCACGGCCACCUUCGUGCUCCAACACUUCUCUGGUCGGAAGCUGCAGGAAAUGAGCCGCAUCCGGAAAAGGGUCUUCCUGGUGUUCCCCCACUUCUGCCUGGGCCGGGGGCGCGUUGACAUGGCAUGAGACGAGGCCGUGGCUGACGCCUUCGAGCGCUUAGGAGACGGGCAGUUCCAGUCCCCCCUGCGCUGGGAGGAGGUUGGUAAGAACCUCUUGGCCGUGGUGGUACAGGGGCCCCUCCUCCUCCUCCUCAUGCUCUGCGACCGCCUGCUGCCACGACCCCAGCUGAGGUCGCUGCCCCCCACCCCCGCCCCGGGGCAGGAGGAUGAGGAUGUGGCCCGUCGGGAGCGGGUGGCCCAAGGGGCCACCGAGGGGGACAUGCUGGUGUCGAGAGACCUGACCGAGGUGGGCGCAGUGCUGGGCGUGCCGUGGGCAGAGGGACACCAGCUGUCGAUCCCCCCUGGUGAGUGUUUCGGGCCGGUGCGAGUGAACGGAGCAGGGAAGACGUCCACGUUUCGCAUGCUGGCGGGGGACGCGCUGCCCGGUGGUGGCGAGGCUGUGCCGGCUGGCUACAGCAUGGCCGGGAACCUUCCGCUGCGCACCGCCACAGGGGCUAAUGCCUCAGUCUUCGAGCUGCUGGCCGGCCGCCAGCACCUGGAACUCUUCGCCGGAAGCUCAGGUUUCCCAGGUGACCUCCCCCUCCCUCCUUCCAGGAUCACAGCCCUACCCUGGCUCCUUUGGCCCUGCCCCGAGUCGGGGUCCGCCUCUCCCCACUACGAGCUGGACCCACCUGCGGGCACCUACAGCGGAGGCAACAAGCGGAAGCUGGCGACAGCCGUGGCGCUGGUGGGGGACCCGGCUGUGGUCUUUCUGGACGAGUCCACCACGGGCACGGACCCCGCUCCCGGCGCUUUCUCUGGAGUAGCCUCCCUCCCGGCCGUGGCGCGGGAGGGCCGCUCCGUGGUGCUUUACCGCACACAGGUGGGUCCCCAGCGCCCGAGGUCCAGGGUCAAGGUGGCGGGGCCACAAGAGCGCAGACACGGCCACGCGACGCCCACCUGGCUCUACCCUGAGCGGAGGCGAGGCUCGAGGGCUGGCGGCGGGGCCGAACGGAACCGGGACGGGUCCCGGGGCUGCCGGACGAGGGUGGGUCCGGGGAAGGGGCGGGCCCGGGAGGGAAGGGGGCGGGGCCUGGGGCGGGCGCGGCCCGAGGGGGCGGGGCUAGGGAAGGGAUGGGCCUACAGGCGGGCGAGGCCCGGCAGGAGGAGGGGGGCGUCCGGAGGGGCCAGGUCUCGGGGGGCAGGGCCAGAGCGAGCUGGAGGGUGGUGUGGGCGGGCCUCGGGCGUGGCCAGCAGCCCCCGGCCCCACCCACCCACCCACCCACCCGGGUUUGGCGCCGGCCACACGCUGACCCUGCGGCCCGCAGCGCGGUCCGAGUUGGCGGAGGCCUUCGAGGCGGCCGCGUUCCCGGGGGCCGCGCGCUUCCAGGUGCCGCCGGGAGGGCGCUGCGCCCUGGCUCGCGUCUUCGGAGAGCUGGCGUGGCGCGGGGAGGAGCGCGGCGUGCACUUCUCAGGGAGCCAGACCACGUUGGCGCGGGCGCCCGCCGCGCCUGGACGGGGCUGAGGAUAAGGUGGGGCUGGGGGCCGGGCCGGGGGCUGACCGCCCCUCCGGCCGCCCUCCCCCAGGUGCUCCUGUACUUCUCCAAGGACCAGGGGGAAGAGGAGGGGGACGGGUAGGAGGCGGGAGUGGGGGCAGGCCUCGUGCCACGCCCACAGCACCCCGACUCCUCACUGGGCUCCUCGAGGACCCCGGCACCUCCUGUGUGGGGUUGCUGGGAGACUCCGGCAGCCCAGUCGCAGGCUCUCAGAGGAUCCAUCGCCCUGGAGGAAAUAGAGAACUUAUGGGGUGAAACCGCGCGCGUG